AUGCAAUAUGAAGAUUAUAUAGUUUUUGAUGAAGCUCCAAAUGCAACAAUUCAUUUAGAUGUAGAUGUCCAAUUACAAGAUCUUCAACAAAAGAAUAACCUCACACCUAGUAACAAGGAUGAUAAAAGAGGAGAAAUAGUUGAAGUAUUGGAUGAGAUUUAUGCCUUGUUUGAUACUAUCAAGCUAAAAAGAAUAUGGAAGAAAAACCUCCAAUUCAUGAAAUUAAUGGAAUUCCUACCAAACAAAAGGAAGAAGAAGGAUGAUGUAUUUGUUGUGUCAUAUAUGCCGCCCUAA